GAGUAUUUCCUGGCUACGUGAAAGUCUGUAGGAGUGUCUAGUGUAAUUUUUCCUUGGUUUUGUUACUUUUUCUAUUUUUUGUCGUCUCUAAAGUAGUUUUCAAGGGUGUGGUUUGUAUCUUAAGACCUAUAUCGGGUUUUCAGACCAGUUAUUUCUACCUCAAGACCCACGUAACUUUAAAACAUCCGGAAUGUGGUCGCACAGGAGGCAACUCUGGAAGAAGAGGGGAGGGAAGAGCACGGGGGAGGGACACUAUCCUAUGGUGGCAAAGACCAGGAAGAUGACGGCUCCGAUGGUGAAAAGAAUGUCACGCCUAGAGGUGCGAUGAAGAAGGGACGCUAUUAUAUACAGAGGUUCCGCAAGGAGUGGCUGAAGCACCCGGACUUCAAGGACUGGCUGGGAAAAGGCAACAGCGAGAGCAAGGCGAGAUGUAUGAUUUGCGAGACCGAACUGGUUGCUGGGAAGUCCGAGCUGGUGAGGCACAACAGGGGAAAGAAGCACCAGAAGAAAGUGGCAGCCGCUACGGGGAGAAGUAUAGAUAUUCCAAAGAGCUCUGGGAAAAGGGGGAAGAGCUCGGAGUCCCACGACCCAACGGAAUCCAUUGAGUUUGAGAGCAUCCUGGACGACAAUGGAAUCUCGCAUGUUUUGCACAUAGUCGACCUGCGGAGUGACACAGUGACACAGCCGUGCCCUGAGAUGAAGAAGGCCAUGAUGAACGCAGCGCUGGGGGACGACGCCUUCAGUGAGGACCCAACCGUUAAAACCCUGGAGGAGAAGGUGGCAAUGCUGCUGGAGAAGGAGGCAGCGCUGUAUGUCCCAUCUGGCACCAUGGCCAACCUCAUAUGUGUGAUGGCGCAUUGCUGGCAGCGAGGGUCUGAGGUGGUGGUGGGGGACCAGAGCCACCUGUACCUGUCCAGCCAGGGAGGUAUGGCACAGGUCGGCGGCGUCCACCACCGCACGCUCAAGAACCUCCCGGACGGCACCUUCUCCCUGGAGGAGCUUCAGGCGCUGGUGAGGGGCAACGACCUCCACUGGUCCGCCCUGACCCUGGUGUGCGUGGAGAACACCCACAACAUGAUGGGCGGCAAGGCGCUCCCUAUACAGUGGAUGGACGAUCUUGGUACUGUGUGCUCUGGGCUGGGGCUGAUGGUGCACUGUGAUGGGGCGCGACUUAUGAAUGCCGCUGUGGCCCUCGGCACCAGCCCCGCCCGCCUGGCGCAGAACUGUGAUUCUGUGACCCUCUGCCUCAACAAGGGCCUCGGAGCACCCAUGGGCUCUGUCAUCACCGGCACCAGAGAAUUUAUCACUCGGGCCAUGAGAGUGAGGAAGACCCUUGGUGGCCACCUUCACCAGACGGGCAUGCCAGCCGCGGCAGGUCUCUGGGCUCUGGACCAUCGUGUGCCUAAACUGUCAGUGGACCACGCCCACGCACGUGCCAUCGCCCAGGGCGUUCAGGAGCAACACAGCAGCGCCGUCACCGUUGACCUGAAGAGCGUGCAGAGCAACAUUGUUCUCCUGAACUGCGACAACAUAAGAGUGGAUGCCAAAAAGCUGUGCCAAAGACUUGCCUCUGUCACAGAUGCCGAGUCUCAGGAGCUUGGCGAGCAGGUGGUGGUGAUGAUGAUGCCCAUGUCCGACACCUGCGUGAGGCUAAUGACCCACUGCAACGUUAAGAAGGAUGAUGUGAAGGCCGUCAUCAAGAAGCUUCAGUACAUCAUCCAGGAGUACGACAACAUGAUGUACCUCGAGUAUAAGAUUAAUGGGUGAGGGGGGUGAGAAUGUGAGGAGGGAGGACGUCAAGGGCGAGAGAGAUGUGUUAACGCUAAAAAUCUGUGACGCACACCGGACAGGAAUAUUAUGACAAUGGGAUGUGCCAUAUAAUAUUUAAGUGGGUGUAUGUAUGUAUGUUUGUGUGUGUGUGCAUAUGCUACUGAGUGAGGAUGUAAAGGACCAGAGAGCUGUGUUAUAUACAAAAACUGUGGUAUGCAAGCAAAAAUAUAACAUGAUAGUGUGAGAUGAGCUUAUGAAUGUGUAUCGGCAGAGGAAAAGAAAGAAAAAACAAUUAAUAUAAAGUUAUAAAUAUACAUCUUGAGUGUGUGAAUUGAACAAGCGAGGAGGAAGUAAGGUGAUAAAGGUUUAUAUGAGCAAGAUAGGUAAUAGUUAUGGCGAGUGUGAUUGUGGACAGCCUCCCCUUAUAACACUGAGGGGAAAUAUGAAUGAAUAUCUAAAGAGAGUGAUUGAUGAUUAUUGGGGCGUUCCUUACUUGGCGCCGCAACUGCGUGGUUAAAGAGAGUGAAGGGGUGAGAGGAGAGUAUGCAGGGACAGAGUGUGUGGGCAGGGGCAAGGGAUGGUGUGCAGGGAAGUUCUAAGGAGGAGUCAGAGAGGUUUGAAGUAGGACUGCAUCAAUUUGUAUGUUACUCUAUUUUUUGUACAAUGAAAACUUUUGAUAGUAUAAUUAAAAGUUAUUUCAAUA